AUGGAUGCCAGUCGAUUCGUAUUAGGUUUCCUGAUUGUAACAGCAAAUUUUUUUGUAUCCAACAACAAAAAUUAUACCAACUACAACACUUACCCCAACAACAACAACAACCUCUGUGACAACAGCAACAGUCACAACUACGACACCUUCUCCAACAACAAUAACUAUAGCAACUACAACACCCACUCAGACAACAACACCUGUCCCAUCAACAGAUUCUCCAAACGAAACAUUUGCGGUAACUACAACAUCUACCCCAACAACAACAGCUGCUGUGACAACAGCAGCAUAUACAACACCUGCCCCAACAACGACAACUCCUGUUGCAGAUACAACUACUACAGAAACUGCAACGUCGACUAUCAGAACAUCAGCAGAAACAACAACACCUGCCCCAACAACAAAACAACAGCAGCAACGACCACACCUGCUCCAACUACAACUGAAGAGACCACAACGCCUUCCACAACAACAACAAGUACAUCUACAAUGACACCUAACCCGAAAACAACAGCAGGAACUUCAACACCCACUCUGACUCCAACAUCAGCAGAAACAACAACACCUGCCCCAACAACAAGUACAUCCAACAACAACAACUACAGCAACUGCAACAUCAGCUCUGACAACAACAACAGCAACAACACAACAACAACAGCAGACACAACGACUCCUGUUCCAUCAAGAACAACUGCUGUAACCACAACACCUUCCACAAAAACAAGUACAGUAACAACAACACCUAGUCCAACAACAACAACUGUAGCAACUACAACAUCAGCUCUGACAUCAUCAACAGCAGACACAACGACUCCUGUUCCAUCAACAACAACUACUCCAUCAACAACAAGUACAGUAACAACAACACCUAGUCCAACAACAACUGUAACUGUAACUACAACAUCAGCUCUGACAUCAUCAACAGCAGACACAACGACUCCUGUUCCAUCAACAACAACUACUGUAACCACAACACCUGCUGCGAAAACAACUCCUGUUGCAGAUACAACUACUACAGAAACUGCAACAUCGACUAUCAGAACAACAGCAGCAACGACCACACCUGCUCCAACUACAACUGAAGAGACCACAACGCCUUCCACAACAACAACAAGUACAUCUACAAUGACACCUAACCCGAAAACAACAGCAGGAACUUCAACACCCACUCUGACUCCAACAUCAGCAGAAACAACAACACCUGCCCCAACAACAAGUACAGUAACAACAACACCUAGUCCAACAACAACAACUGUAGCAACUUCAACAUCAGCUCUGACAACAACAACAGCAGACACAACGACUCCUGUUCCAUCAACAACAACUACUGUAACCACAACACCUGCUGCAACAACAACUCCUGUUGCAGAUACAACUACUACAGAAACUGCAACAUCGACUAUCAGAACAACAGCAGCAACGACCACACCUGCUCCAACUACAACUGAAGAGACCACAACGCCUUCCACAACAACAACAAGUACAUCUACAAUGACACCUAACCCGAAAACAACAGCAGGAACUUCAACACCCACUCUGACUCCAACAUCAGCAGAAACAACAACACCUGCCCCAACAACAAGUACAGUAACAACAACACCUAGUCCAACAACAACAACUGUAGCAACUUCAACAUCAGCUCUGACAACAACAACAGCAGACACAACGACUCCUGUUCCAUCAACAACAACUACUGUAACCACAACACCUGCUGCCACAACAACUCCUGUUGCAGAUACAACUACUACAGAAACUGCAACAUCGACUAUCAGAACAACAGCAGCAACGACCACACCUGCUCCAACUACAACUGGAGAGACCACAACGCCUUCCACAACAACAACAAGUACAUCUACAAUGACACCUAACCCGAAAACAACAGCAGGAACUUCAACACCCACUCUGACUCCAACAUCAGCAGAAACAACAACACCUGCCCCAACAACAAGUACAGUAACAACAACACCUAGUCCAACAACAACAACUGUAGCAACUUCAACAUCAGCUCAGACAACAACAACAGCAGACACAACGACUCCUGUUCCAUCAACAACAACUACUGUAGCAACUUCAACAUCAGCUCAGACAACAACAACAGCAGACACAACGACUCCUGUUCCAUCAACAACAACUACUGUAACCACAACACCUGCUGCCACAACAACUCCUGUUGCAGAUACAACUACUACAGAAACUGCAACAUCGACUAUCAGAACAACAGCAGCAACGACCACACCUGCUCCAACUACAACUGCUGAGACCACAACGCCUUCCACGACACCCACAAGUACAUCUACAAUGACACCUAACCCGAAAACAACGACAGAAACAACAACAACUUCUCCAUCAACAACAACUGCUGUAACCACAACACCUUCCACAAAAACAAGUACAGUAACAACAACACCUAGUCCAACAACAACAACUGUAGCAACUACAACAUCAGCUCUGACAUCAUCAACAGCAGACACAACGACUCCUGUUCCAUCAACAACAACUACUGUAACCACAACACCUGCUGCGAAAACAACUCCUGUUGCAGAUACAACUACUACAGAAACUGCAACAUCGACUAUCAGAACAACAGCAGCAACGACCACACCUGCUCCAACUACAACUGAAGAGACCACAACGCCUUCCACAACAACAACAAGUACAUCUACAAUGACACCUAACCCGAAAACAACAGCAGGAACUUCAACACCCACUCUGACUCCAACAUCAGCAGAAACAACAACACCUGCCCCAACAACAAGUACAGUAACAACAACACCUAGUCCAACAACAACAACUGUAGCAACUUCAACAUCAGCUCUGACAACAACAACAGCAGACACAACGACUCCUGUUCCAUCAACAACAACUACUGUAACCACAACACCUGCUGCAACAACAACUCCUGUUGCAGAUACAACUACUACAGAAACUGCAACAUCGACUAUCAGAACAACAGCAGCAACGACCACACCUGCUCCAACUACAACUGCUGAGACCACAACGCCUUCCACAACAACACCAAGUACAUCUACAAUGACACCUAACCCGAAAACAACAGCAGGAACUUCAACACCCACUCUGACUCCAACAUCAGCAGAAACAACAACACCUGCCCCAACAACAAGUACAUCCAACAACAACAACUGUAGCAACUACAACAUCAGCUCUGACAUCAUCAACAGCAGACACAACGACUCCUGUUCCAUCAACAACAACUACUGUAACCACAACAACACCCACUCUGACAACAACAGCAGACACAACGACUCCUGUUCCAUCAACAACAACUACUGUAACCACAACACCUGCUGCAACAACAACUCCUGUUGCAGAUACAACUACUACAGAAACUGCAACAUCGACUAUCAGAACAACAGCAGCAACGACCACACCUGCUCCAACUACAACUGCUGUAACUACAACACCUUCUGCGACAACAAAAACAGCAGAAGCAACCACAACACCUUCCGUGAUAGCAAAUACGACAACUACAGGAACUACAACAUCGACUCUGAGAACAACAGCUGCAAUGACCACACAUGCUCCAACAACAACAACUGCUGGGACCACAACACCUUCCACGACAACAACAAUAUAGGAACGACACCUAGUCCAACAACUGCAACAACUCCUCUGACAUCAGUCACAGUUGACACAACGACAACUUCUCCAUCAAUAACAACUACUGUAACCACAACACCUACUGUGACAACACCUGAAACAAAAACUCCUGUUGCAGAUACAACUACUGUAGCAACUACAAAAUCAACUCUGACAACAAAAACAGCUGCAACGACCACACCAGCUCCGACAACAACAACUGCGGCAACCACAACACCUGCCCCAACAACACUUAAAACAACAACUUCUGAUGCAGACUUGCCAGAAGAGCCAUUUUCUGAUGAUCUCACUAACACAAGCAGCAGACAAUACAAAGAUCUUGAACAACGAGUUGUAGAGGCCCUUGAACCUUUGUACCGAAGGGAAUUCCCCUCUUCCUUCAAUUCCUUGGAUGUGGUGGCAUUCAGAAGUGGAUCAAUCAUCAACACCAUGAACCUUCGCUUCAAAAGCACAUCUGUUCCUAAUAACACUCAGAUUGCGAGUGUCUUGAUCAGUGCAGCUUCAAUUGUCACCGGCUUUGACAUCGAAGGCAGCUCCAUCAGCGUGGAUGGCAUACGGAAAAGGUUACGCUCAGUGGAACCGGAAGAGGAAAACACAUGGAUUAGUGUGUUUACAACUCCUCUCAUCCUGGGUGCACCCGGCGUCACCCUGCAGUCCAAAAACCGACCCGUGCAAUUUGCAUUUGCAGGCUGGUGCUGCCCCGGACACAACCGGUGUGAGAUCGGCCGCAGCGUCGGGGGCCACCCACCAUCUGUGGAAGUGGGACAAGGGAACAGAUGGCGCAUCCGAGUCGGGCUGCAGGGCUUCUGA